AGACAUUGAAGUCGAUGUCAUUUCUGUCGAUUGAAAUCAGUCGACGAUUUCGGACUCAAUUGCGAGACAAACGAAAUAUUCAUUAUUUGAGACAAUCGGUGGUCACGACAGCAAUGGAGACGGUGUCGAUAGUGUCACUGAAACCACCACUUCAGGUGACAUUAAUCUGUGGACUAAGUGUUAUCGUUUGGUUGACUUAUAAACUCUUUAAACAUCUUCGCGAGCGGUCAUUGAAUAUCCCGCUCUGGAGUGAUGGCAGUCAUGCCUGUCAUCGAUGGAAAUUAAUCGCUAUUAUCACACACACUGCCUAUUGUAAUGUCUGUGAAUCUCUGAUAGUGGACGGCAUGUACUGCGAGUGUUGCGGCACUUGUGCUGACUUCGGCUGCCAUAAGAAGGCCGACAAUAUGUUUAACUGUAAAACAUUAUCAAUGGCUAAGAGUGACCCCAGAAUACAAAGCAAACAAAUAUCUCAUCUCUGGAUUUGCGGCAAUUUAUUGACGCAUUCGACUUGCGAUGUCUGCGGUGAUGAUUGCGAUGACGAGUCAGCUCUUGUCGACUGGAAGUGCUGUUGGUGUCAGAGAUGUGUUCAUUUAAAAUGUUUGACGGAUGAGCUGAGACACAGUGAUUGUGAUUUAGGUAAAUGGAGGACAUGUAUUGUACCCCCAUUUUGUGUCAUUCAUAAGAAAGUGUGGUCUAAAGGUCGCCGCAAGUUUGUCAUCGAAAGUAUGACCAACUUUGAAGAUGAAUCUAAUUGGAAGCCAUUGAUUAUUAUAACUAAUCGUAAGAGUGGUAACAAUGAUGGCGACAAAAUACUCACUAUUUUUAGAACAAUUCUAAAUCCAUUACAAGUGAUUGAUUUAAACGAAACAUCCAUUGAAUCAAGUGUUGAAUUGUGUGAAAUAUUGUCCAAAACCAAUAAAGAGAUUACAUUCAGAAUACUAGUUGCAGCUGGAGAUGGAACCAUUGGAUGGGUUCUUAAUACUAUCCAAAAAUUAAAGAUAAAUCCAAUGCCAUUGAUUGGUAUAUUACCAUUUGGUACGGGAAAUGAUUUAUCGAGAGUACUCGGUUGGGGACAGAGUUUCUCAUUUGAAACAUCUAUAGAUGAAGUUAUGAAUAAAGUUCUUAAUACCAGACCUAUUGAUUUGGACCGUUGGAGUGUAAAGUUGUCUUCAAAUAGAAGUCUUGGUAUUCCUCUGCCUUCCAAACAUUAUUUAAUGAAUAACUAUUUCUCCGUCGGUGUCGACGCUUUGGUUGCUCUCAACUUUCAUGAGACCCGAAAGUCAAGGGUCUAUAACUACUUAUUUACGAAUAGAUUUGUUAAUAAGUUUUUAUAUCUGACAUAUGGAACAAAAGAUCUUUUGGAAAGAAAAUGUAAAAAUCUCAACGAAAAGAUUAUUCUUGAAUUAGACGGAAAACGAAUUGAUUUACCAGAAUUAGAGUCCAUUAUAAUACUAAAUAUAAUGAGUUGGGGCGGAGGAGUCGAUAUCUGGAAUCUGGGUAACGGUGCUGUCAAACAAAAGAUAAACGACAAGAAACUUGAAGUAUUAGGUGUCUACUCAACCUUUCAUAUCGGACAACUCAUGAUUGGACUCUCGGAACCGUUGCGUUUCGGACAGGCAAAGGAGGUUAAACUGAUUUUAUUGGAGAGACUUCCCAUUCAAGUGGAUGGCGAACCAUGGCUUCAAUUUCCCACAACUAUUACCAUUACUUGGAAUUCUUUUGCCAAAAUGCUUACCACAAGAUCUGAACUUUUAUGAGUCAUAUUUGUAUUAAAACA